AUGAGGGCAGUCCAUGUGGAUUUCGGAGUACCUGACACGAGAAAGGAGAUAUCUAAUUUUCAGAGAACAAGGGAAAGGGAAAAAGAUAGAUGUUCCUUGGACAUAUACUAUGUGACAAACACUGUCCACGGCACUGCACAUCUCUGUGUUGGAAAGAGGAUGCAGCCGUCUCCAGCCCCAACAGGGAAGGGUGGAAAAUGCUGCACUGUGCAUGGACUCACAAGGAGGAUACAUAAUGUACAGCCGAAUCUGCAAUCUCCUAUUUUGUCAGCUGCUUGUGUUGAUUAAAACUUCAAUAAAGAUCCUGUGAUAAAACAGA